CUUGCCGGUUUCUCUCUCAGGCUCCCUCCUCAAAAGGGUGGGGCGCCUCCCCCCUACCUCGCACCCAGGCCAGCCCCUGGGGCAGCCAGCGGCCAACCGGGUGGCUGGAGACAGAGACCCCUGGGUCGGGGCUCCAGAAGGCUCCUCCCUGAAGCGUGAGGAGCUCACGGCCUUCACACUCCGCCCACCCCUCUUUGAGCCUGGGGCGGGGGGAGAGGGUCUGUGGUGGGCGUGGCUAGGACGGCUUUAGGACCCAGAUGGUGGCAGGGACUCGCGGGUGGCUGGACACGCCUAUAAGCGGUUGGGGACCACGGUGGCAAGGUCUGAGGCUGCAACCCCAGCUGGGGAGCAUCCAAAUGGCAAUGGGCUGCCCCGGCCGACUGCUGCUGUGGCUCGGAGCUGCCGGCGCCAUUCUUUGCUUGGGAUCCCAGACGCCUUUUAUGCUAUCCUCAACCCUGGCGCUGCCAGCUCCAAGUCCACGACACCCGGACGUCCCCGCUCCGCCUCGCGGCUUAGAGCCAGUCUCUCCGCUCGGUCCCCCAGACACCCAGGGGCCCUGGCGGUUCUCCACCUGCGGGGCAAGCGGCCGGCGCGGGCCCACCCAAACACAGUGCGAUGGGGCGUACGCCGGCAGCAGCGUGGUGGUGACAGUGGCGACCAUCGGGCGGCUUAGAGGCGUGCAGUUGUGGCGAGCGCCAGGCCCGGGCCAGUACCUGAUCUCAGCCUACGGAGCCGCAGGCGGCAAAGGCGCCAGGAACCACCUGUCGCGGGCGCAUGGCGUCUUCGUCUCCGCAAUCUUCUCGCUCGGUCGCGGGGAGCCGCUUUACAUCCUCGUGGGGCAUCAGGGAGAGGACGCCUGUCCUGGAGGGAGCCGAGAGAGCCAGCUUGUCUGCCUGGGAGAGUCGAGCGCCGCCGAGGAGCACGCGGGAACCAAUAGGACUGAAGGAGCCCGGGAGUGGCGGAGCUGGGUUGGGGGCGGCGGGGGUGGCGGGGGCGCCACCUACAUCUUCCGGAUGCGUGCCGGCGAGCUGGAGCCGCUGAUGGUGGCGGCCGGAGGCGGCGGUCGGUCCUACCUGAGGCGGCCGGACAGUGGCGGGACUCAGACCGCCCCCGAGAAACUGGAGACCCGCUUGGCGGCGCCCGGGAGCAGCGGGAGAGGCGGGGCGGCAGGUGGAGGGGGCGGCUGGACGUCGCGGGACCCGUCACCACAGACGGGCAGUUCUCUGCGGGAGGGAGCCGAGGGCGGCCAAGGCUGCGCAGAAGCCUGGGCUGCGCUUGGCUGGGCCGCGGCCGGCGGCUUCGGGGGCGGCGGCGGGGCCUGCACUGCCGGCGGAGGCGGCGGCGGUUACCAGGGGGGUGAUGCCUCAGAGUCUGACAUCCUCUGGGCCAAUGGGGAAGAUGGGGUCUCCUUCAUCCACCCUCACAGUGAGCUCUACCUGCAGCCUCUGGCAGUCACAGAGAACCAUGGAGAGGUGGAGAUCCAACUGUACUUCAAUUGUAGUCACUGCCCUUUGAAGGACUGCCAGUGGCAGGCAGAGCUCCGGGUGGCUGUGUGCAUGUGCCCAGAGGGCAUGGAGCUAGCUGUGGAUAACAUUACCUGCAUGGACCUGCCCACCCCCUCAGGCCCUCUGGUUCUGAUGGUGGUUGUGGUGGCAACCUCGACGCUGAGCCUCCUUAUGGUGUGUGGGGUCCUGAUUCUGGUGAACCAGAAGAAGUGUCAGGGUCUGUGGAGAAUGAGGCUGCCAGGCCCUGAGCUUGAGCUCAGCAAGCUUCGUACCUCAGCCAUCAGGACAGCCCCCAACCCCUACUACUGCCAGGUGGGGUUCAGCACCGCCCAGGCCUGGCCUCUGCCCCCAGGGCUCACUGAGGUUUCCCCAGCCAAUGUCACUUUGCUCAGAGCCCUGGGCCACGGUGCCUUUGGGGAGGUGUAUGAGGGACUUGUAAUUGGCCUUCCUGGAGAUCCCAGCCCCCUGCAAGUGGCUAUCAAGACCUUGCCCGAACUCUGCUCUCGUCAGGAUGAGCUGGAUUUCCUCAUGGAGGCACUUAUCAUCAGCAAGUUCAGCCAUCAGAACAUUGUGCGGUGUGUGGGGCUCAGCCUCCGCGCUGCCCCUCGCCUCAUCCUGCUGGAGCUGAUGUCUGGUGGGGACAUGAAAAGCUUCCUGAGGCACAGUCGACCGCACCUGGGCCAGCCAUCACCUCUGGCCAUGCAGGACCUGCUGCAGCUGGCCCAGGACAUUGCCCACGGCUGCCACUACCUGGAAGAAAAUCACUUCAUCCAUAGGGACAUUGCUGCCCGGAACUGCCUCCUGAGCUGCAGUGGGCCCAGCCGAGUGGCCAAGAUUGGGGACUUCGGGAUGGCAAGAGAUAUUUACAGAGCCAGUUAUUACCGCAAGGGGGGCCGGGCCCUGCUGCCGGUUAAGUGGAUGCCUCCGGAGGCCUUCUUGGAGGGCAUCUUCACAUCCAAGACAGAUUCCUGGUCCUUUGGGGUGCUGCUCUGGGAGAUCUUCUCACUGGGCUACAUGCCCUACCCUGGCCGCACCAACCAGGAGGUGCUGGACUUCGUUGUCGGAGGGGGCCGGAUGGACCCUCCCAAGGGCUGUCCAGGGCCUGUGUACCGUAUUAUGACCCAAUGUUGGCAGCACCAGCCUGAACUCCGCCCCAGCUUUGCCAGCAUCUUGGACCGUCUUCAAUACUGCACCCAGGACCCAGAUGUGCUGAACUCACCCCUGCCAAUGGAGCUGGGGCCCAUCCUGGAGGAGGAAGGGGCUUCUGGGCUAGGGAGCAGGUCUUUGGAGGGUCUAAGAUCCCUACAGCCCCAGGAACUGAGUCUGGAGAAUUUGAAGAGGUGGGGAGACAGCCCCCUUGGCCCCUGGCUGUCCUCUGGCCUAAAGCCCCCCAAAUCGAGGAGCAUCCAACCUCAGAACCUUUGGAAUCCUACCUAUGGCUCCUGGGUCCCAAGGGGCCCUGAGGGUGAGGACUCAGGCGCUGAUGGUAGCAGGUAGCAACGGCUCCUCCUCUCACUCCUGUCCAGGCCUCUAAGCAGCUUGUUAUUCCUGCAGCCUCUGCCUCCCACUGUCUGUGGUCCAUGUCUCAGGGUUGGCCUAGCAGCACCGGAAAUCCAUCCAGGAAACCUGCCCCAGGCCCCUUGGAGAAGGGUCUGACCACUCCCAGUCUUCGACCUUUGGGGCCAGAGCCCCUCCCCCAGCGAUGUCAGUGCGGAGUUGCGAUUGCCCCUUGCAGGAAGCCUUCUCUGGAUUGCCCACCCCGCAUGAGCAUCCUUUAUCUGGGCUACCCUGCCCCUGCAGAUGCCUCUAAUAAAAAGCUUUCUCCUCCCAUCUUCCAGUGAUCUGAGCAGAUGUGAGGAAUACUGGGAAAUGAGGAAGGCGGGCCAGCAGAGGGAGGCGAUGAGGCCUGCUUCACGAAAGCUGGCGUCUUUGAGUUUUAUUGGGAAGGAGAGUCCAUUGUAGCUUGGGAGGCUAGGCCUAUUGGCCUAGCAGUGCCUGCGAAGUAAAACUGACCACCUGGUCUCCCUGGAGAGCUGGCCAGCCCUUCAGAAGAACAGGACUGAGGAAGCUGCUCAU